CAUGCAGAAACAAAUUUAUAGAACAGACUGUUAAACGGGGUUGGAGAUAUUUUCUUCAAUACAACCCAAUGUCCUCACCCGUCAGUUUCUCCACAGUCUCUGCCAUAUUCCUUUCCACACCGGUGUCCUUAGAUUGCCGUAACAAAAUGCGCAAAAUAGUUAUAAGCCAUGAUGUUGAAUUUCUCACGCUGCAACAAGUGAAACUUUAUAGCUACUGAGAAUAAGAUAAAACAGAUAGUAUCAAAUCAAAAUUUUAAUAAUUAACUUUCAACAUAAUUCGAAUUGAAAAUAAUCUAUUCUAGUCCAUUCAAACUAAACAGCAUCCCGGGAAAUUUCUGUUUUCAGAAUUUUCCUUCCUUGGGUAGUGACCAAGUGAUUGCAAAUCUGUAGAAAAAAGCAUGGACGUGCAUUUCAAAGAUCUAGGCCACCACAUUAUUCUGGACAAUGGAAUUGUGCAGGUCACGAUUUCGAAACCCGGGGGUAUCGUUACAGGUUUACGUUAUGGAGGGCUUGAUAAUCUUCUCGAAGUUCUUAACAAAGAGACCAACAGAGGGUAUUGGGAUCUCAAUUGGAACGAGCCAGGAGGCAAGGAUACUUUUGAUGUGCCAAGUGGCACAUCAUUUAGAGUGGUUGAUGCUAAUAAGGAUAAGGUUGAAGUUGCUUUCAUCAGACCAUACAACCCUUCAAGCAGUUGGAAGAUGGUUCCAUUGAAUAUAGAAAAAAGGUUCUCUUUGCUUCGAGGGAGCAGUGGGUUUUACACAUAUGCAAUAUAUGAGCAUCCCUCAGGGUGGCUAGAUUUCAGUCUCAAUCAAACACGUGUUACAUUCAAAUUGCGGAAAGAUAGAUUUCAGUACAUGGCGAUUGCAGAUAACAGGCAGAGACUUAUGCCAUUACCAGAUGAUCGUAUGCCAGACAAGUGCAAAAUACUUGCAUAUCCAGAAGCAGUGCUUCUCACCAGGCCAGCAAAUGCUCUCCUUCAGGGCGAGGUAGAUGAUAAAUAUCAGUACUCUUGUGACAAUAGGGAGAAUAGAGUCCAUGGAUGGAUUAGCUUUGAUCCUAUGAUUGGGUUUUGGGUUAUCACUCCUAGCGACGAAUUCCGUAAUGGAGGUCCAUUGAAACAAAACUUGACAUCCCAUGUUGGACCUACAUCACUUGCAAUGUUUCAUAGUGCUCAUUAUGCUGGUGAUGAACUAUGCCCUAAAUUCCAUUCAGGUGAAGCAUGGCAGAAAGUUUUUGGACCAGUCUUUAUUUACCUUAAUAAUGCAUCAAGAGGGACUCAUCCAUUUUCUCUGUGGCAAGAUGCAAAGGCACAGAUGAUUAAAGAGGUACAAUGUUGGCCCUAUGAGUGGCCUGAAUCUCCUUUAUAUCGAAAGCGAUUUGAACGAGGUUGCAUUUUUGGACAACUUUUAGUACAAGAUAGGUAUGUUGUGGAGGAGAUUCAAGCUGCUCGUUAUGCAUUUUUGGGAUUGUCUACACCGGGGGGAAAGGGAUCUUGGCAAAUUGAGAGCAAGGGAUACCAAUUUUGGAGCCAAGCUGAUGUCAAUGGUUAUUUUACCAUUGAAAAUGUUUGUCCUGGUAAUUACCAUUUGUAUGGCUGGGUACCUGGUGUUCUUGGUGAUUAUAUGAAAGAAGGCUCCAUUAACAUAUAUCCAGGUUGUAGGAUUGAUGUUGGGCUUUUGAUAUAUGAACCUCCAAGAGAUGGUCCUACGAUAUGGGAAAUAGGCACACCAGAUCGGACUGCUGCAGAAUUCUUUAUUCCAGAACCUAAUCCAUGCUACAUCAAUAAGCUUUUCCUCAAUCAUCCUGAAAGGUUUCGACAAUAUGGCUUAUGGGAAAGGUAUUCUGAGAUAUACGAUAGCAAUGAUUUGAUUUAUACUGUUGGAGCCAGUGACUGGAGAAGAGAUUGGUACUUUGCACACACCUGCAGGAUUAAAAGCGAUGGAAGUUUGCAUCCCUCAACGUGGCAAGUCAAGUUCCAGGUGAGAAGUUGGAAAGAAAAUAGCCUUUACAAGCUUCGUCUGGCAAUUGCAUCAUCAACCAAUGCAGCUAUUCAGGUUAGAUUCAACGAUCCAAAUAUAUACAAACCACAUUUUGAUACUAUGCAGUUUGGGAAAGAUAAUGCUAUUGCUCGUCAUGGCAUCCAUGGUUUGUAUCAUCUAUUUAACAUUGAGAUUUCUGGAAACCUGUUGGUGGAGGGUGAGAAUACAUUGUAUCUUACACAGAGAAAACCCACUAGCCCUUUUACUGGUGUAAUGUAUGAUUAUCUUCGAUUGGAAGAAGUUUCUUCAUAAAAUCCUUAAUAGAAAGAGAAAUACAUAUUUAAGACUUCCACAUGUAAAUAUUUUAUUACAUAUAUCUGGAAAUAGGAAGGUGUUACGGUCGUUUCCACUUCCAGAUACAAGAAGAGACAAUUGACACUUCCAGCAAGUAUUAAGUACAUAUCUAAUAUUGAUGUUGAAUUAUAUAAAUCUGUUUAUUGUUUUUCAAGUAAUAUUUGACAUCAGAUUUGUAAA